AUGGCGUCUUUCUUUCAAACAAUUAAAUUCUAUGUCAAGUCCACCAUUUUUGGUCUCCUCAUUCUCGUGUGUGCCUUCUAUGGAGUGGUGGCCUCAAUAUUCUUGAGAGUGAUCGGUAAGCCAGAAUACAGUCAGUAUACGGUUGCUAGGGCAUUCUACUAUUCGUUCUCCACUAUUUUAGGAGUCAAAAUAAAAGUCAACAAUGCAAAGAACUUAAGUUCGUUACCAGGAAUCUUCAUCUCCAACCAUCAAUCAGCCUUGGAUAUUUUUAUCUUGGGGAAGAUUUUCCAGCCCGGUUUUACUGUCACUGCUAAAAAGGUGUUGAAGUAUGUACCGUUCUUAGGAUGGUUUAUGUUGGCGAGUGGAACCUUUUUCAUCGACAGAGCAAAGUCUGACAAGGCCAGAAAGGUAUUGGAUGAGGCGUUGGCGGCGCUCAAGAAAGAAAAAAGAGGUGUUUUUAUGUUCCCUGAAGGUACUAGAUCUGCCAGCACCAACUUGGAAAUGUUACCAUUCAAGAAGGGAGCGUUUCAUUUGGCUAACCAGGCAAAGAUUCCAGUGGUGCCUAUCGUCGUGAGUAAUACCUCGACCAUUUUCCAUGCCAAAUCGAAGAUAUUUAAUUGUGGUGAAAUAAUUAUUGAUGUUUUACCGGCAGUGGAAACAAAAGACAUAGAGACUAAAGAGCAACUCGAUGAAAUGGUCGUACAGGUGAGAAGUCUGAUGUUAGAAAAGUUGAAGGAGAUUGGCUUCUCCAAGACGGCAGCUACUGUGAUUCCACCCAAGUCACCAGCCAAACUUACCCCAGAGCCAAUUAACAGUAAAAGCACUGAUGAGGUGUCAGAGACGGUAGAAAUUGACGUUUCAACCGAAGAGUCGCCUUUGGUUGCUAAAGGCUAA